AUGUUCAGAAUAUACGACCCUGCCAAAGUGAGCGAUUUGGGCGCACCGCACCGCAACGCCUGUCUGUGUUAAGUUAAUGGCUGGCUGUGUGUAUGUAUGGCUGUCUGUAUGUGUAUACGUACGAAUGUUUAUGCGUGUUGAUUCAUUCAGUGCAGCAUUCGCCACGAGGUGGAGGGCCACCGUGGGACGGCAAUCACCUGCUGCUGGGUGCCGCCUUACAACCAAAUCGCCACAACGGGUGCUGACAUGACUGUGUCUCUGUGGUCGCCCGAGCCGCCCCAGCUGCGGCAGCGGGUCGCCAGCUCGGAGGUCCAACUCAGCGUCACAUGGGCACACACACUAUGGAGGUACGCAGCGCAGCCCACCGAGACACGCAGUCUCAUCAAGACACCAUACCGCUCCUCUCUCUGUCUGUUGUGUGUUGUGGGUGUACAGUGGCGGCAUCGAGGGUUCGUUGACGGCCUGGAAUCUGAGCACACUGACCGCCACGUCAGUCCGCAAAUGCCACAGAGGACCGCUGCACGACCUCACUCUCGUCACAGGCACCACACCAACCAGCCACACCCUCUCCCCCACCCCACACACCCAUACACGCGUGCAUGUGUGUGUCUGUGGUCGAUCAGAUUUGGACAUGCUAGCGUCGUGCAGCGACGACAGCCUGAUCCACCUGUGGGACAUGACGCAGGCGCGCGUCAAAAAAACUUUGAAGGGCCACCACAAGGGGGUCUUCUCCCUCUCCUACUCGAGCGACUACCACGUGCUCUUCUCGGCGGGACUCGACCAGGACGCACUGGCCUGGAACCCGUAUGUGGAGCGGGCGCCGAUAUUCCGGAUGAAGGGCCACGCACACGCGCUGUGCGGGGUGCAGGUGCUGCCGGGGACGCCGCAGAUUAUCACGGCUGACGUUGCUGGUGGGUGCGAUACGAUGCUGACACACACGUGGAUGAGACACAUGUGGUCCCUCUCUUUCUUUGUGGCUUGGUGUCUGUUGGUGUGGCGUGCAGGCACCUUGCGUCUGUGGGACGUGCGUAACUUCCGUGUGGUUCAGAGUUUUGGCGCGUCAGAGGCGCUCAGAGACCUCAACACAUUUGCAGUCAUGCCCAAACACAAACGGUGGGGACCCACCACAUCGGGCCGGCCCCCACACACAUAACAUACUCGUGCAUCUGUGUGUGUGUGUGUCCGUGUCUCACGAUAUCACCCACCUAUUCAGUAUAGCAGCUGGUGCCGAGCGCAUCAUGUAUUUCGACUAUGUGGGCAACAGCGAAGACGAAGAGGGCGUAACCGACCAGCGGGUGGGCACUCGCGCCCACACCCAGAUGAAUGCAGGACCUUGUAGCAUCUGUGUGUGUGUGUGUGUGUGUGUGUUGAUAGGGUUGCUGCGACGCCCUGUACAACGACACGUCCGGCAGCUUAUAUGUGGUCAGCGCCCGCAGCGUGCAGGGGUGGGACCUGCAGCAAGGCGCACUCACCAAGGUCACUGACACAGACAGACGACGGUCAUGAACCUGUGAGUGAAUGAAUUGAUUGUAUUGUAUUGUGUGUCUCGCUGUCUGCAGAUGUUGCGUGAGGUGAAUCCCAACGAGAUCACCGCUGCCUGCUUCGACAUGAAUCAACGGAAGAUAUACACCGGUACGUGGGUGACCGACCGUAUCUACCGCAGUAAUACAUACAAGCGAUGAAUGACCGGAUGAAUUAAUCAAUGAGUGCAGGUGAUGCCGCUGGUGCCGUGCGGUGCUUCAACCUAUACAACGGCUACUUGAUUCGCGAGUUCCACACACACACAAAGGUAGGGACAAGGAAGGGUCACCGUAAACACCACACACGUGCACACACACACACAACAACUGCAUCCACACAUCCACGUGUUGUCUGUCGGCAGGAUGUGACGUGCAUCGCUGCCGUUCCCGGCACACGCACCCUGCUGUCGGCUGGCUGUGACGGCAAGGUCAAAGUCCACUCUGACGACAUCAAUAUCCGGUACACACCAAUGAAUGAAUGCACUCACACGCCCACCCACCCACACGCCCACCGGCCCAAAACCAAUACACACACGAGCCGCCAUGUCUCUCUGUCUAUGUCUCUGUGUGUGGAUUGGAUGCCUGUCGCUCGCCAUGCAGUGGUCGUCAGGGUGUGCUGCGUGCUGAGAUGGCGGCAGGUGGUGAGGGGGAGGCCGUCAGGUGCCUCGCAGUGUCCGCACAGAUCCAUCUCGCUGCUGCUGGUCAGCCUCACACCACACCCGGACAUGUCCAUAGUCUCAACGCCACGCCCGGUGCUGUGCUUGACUGCGGUGGGUGUAUGCAGGCGUGGAGUGCCGGGUGGAGCUCAUCUGUCUCAAGAGCCUCAGACGAGAAUCGACACUCGAACCCGUCACGUCAGUCAGUCAGUCAGGGCUGGCGAAGGGUCAAGGGGACUCUUGCCAACUCUCUCUCUCUCUCUCUGUGUGUGUGUGUGUGUGAUUGGCCAGUGGUGCAGUGACGGCCCUGGCUUUCAUGGAGGAGCGGCCGAUACUCGCCGUGGGAGACGCCGGUGAGUCACUCAGUGCGACACACACCUGCCGAAGGACAAGAUUUUCUCCUGUGUGGUCGGCUCGGUGCAGGCGGCAGCAUCAGUCUGUGGCUGACGCGCCCGCACUCAAUGGAGGGCACAUGCGUAAGGGGGACAGAGACACCACACACAGAUUGAUGGACGUGCAUCGCAUCUGCCCAUCCCCUGUCCAACCAAUGAACACAGAUGUACACCUUUGAGAACCUGGAUGCGAUAGUGCGGCGGAUGGCCAUCGCAGACCACCACGAGGACGGCCGUGCAUCCACACGUCCCAGCAUCGUCAGCGGCAGGUCAGGCAGCCCCAUACCACCAGCACAUCAACACCAUCAACAGCACCAGCAGCAUCGGUCUGCCGUCCCCUCCCCCUCCACCGCCCCCUCAUCCGACCGUGUGUUGUCGCCAUGCGCCCUCACGGCCCUCGUCUUCGACGAAGCUAGGGGCACUGACGCCCUCUACUCCGCCGACACAUCCGGCAGCAUCCGGUGGUGGCAGCUCACUCGCGUGUUCGAUGCGCCGCAGUACCAGCCCCUCACCCUCAAGGCCUUCCAGAAGGCGGCCACGUCCACCACACACAGCCUGGCCCCCAGCAGACACCAGACCAUGGUGGCCGGGUCACACGAGCUCAUGGCACAUGUGAUGACGGCUGGUGGUGCUGGUGCGGGUGUGGGCGUGGGUGUGAAGGCCAAGUCGCCCUCGGCUAGGCUGGCGCACGCACACGCACACGCCCAUGGUGGGCGGCGCGGAUCGGCCAAGGGCAAGGUGCACCAUCGGAAAGUGAUCAUCAGGGAUGGGCUGAGGGGGCACGUCGGCCAGACGGAUCACGCUAGGUGGGUGCGCCAACAGACCAGAAAGGAAUGUCGCGUUUGAUGGAAAUAUGGGAUGCACUCUCUGUCUCUGUGUGUCUCCGUGGUCAGUGGCCCUGCGCGGGAGCAGCCAACGUUCAUCACGGAACCGCCGGCAGGGGCCAACGAGACCACCGACACCAACACACGCAAAGCAGACAGGCAACUGCCACACACACACAUCCACACGAACUAUAAACGGAGCUUUUUUUGCGCAUUUGUCCAGGGCGGGCAGUGUCCGCGCCCCUCCUGCCAAUGAGAGGGCGGCUUCCUCGUCAGUGCAGUCGCGUCUGGCUGUGCCGACGACUCACGGGGCCACGGCCAGCGACUCACGGGGGGACGCUACGGCCACCAGACACAACACUGGUGAGUUUGGAUGUCGGGUCGGGGGGAGAGACGCGCUAACACACACACACACCGACGCCACGCCCAUCUUCAUGUCUGUUGUCUGUCUGUAUGGGUGUGCAGGUCAGCACCAGCGUCGGCUGCAGUCCAACGCUGGCAGCAUCAGGCUGCAAUUCAAAGAAGAAUGUGCGUAGGACGCAAACCUCACACACACACCACACACACGAGAGGGAGAGAGACCCCUCAUGGAUGGGAUGGCUGUGUGCUGCAGAUCAGAUGUCAGUCGAUCUAUUGGGCGAGGUGCAGGCCCACAACGACGCCGUCAUGUCUUUGCGUGUGGUGCGGCCGCGGGAGUACAAUGACGACGGCACUCUCAUGGACACAGCCGCGCCCGAGUGGGGGGCAAGGGCGUUCAUUCUCUCGUGCGCACUCGACAAAAAGGUAGAGAGCCGUUCAUUCAUGCAACACACGUGCAGCGGCUGGUGUGUGAUAUGUGUGUGUAGGUGAAGGCGUGGUCGCUGCAGCUGGAGCCGCUGGGGUGUCUCGUCAAGGUCAGUCAGUCAGUCAGUCACACACACACACAUACGCCACACCCACGGCAGCCAUCGCAUCACGUACCUGCCACCAUGUACGCGUGAGUGAGUGUGGGUGUGUGCAUGAUCUGAUCUAGUCUCCGAAGCACCGCGAAUGGACUGUGCCCUCCCAGGACGCGCAGCGGGCUCUCAGCAAACUCAGAGAAGCCAAGGAGGUCAGCCGACCAGCCAUCUUGCCACAGACACGCGAUUCCCGUGUGUAUGGGUCUCCUCGCUCUCCACACAGCAUUUGUCCGAGCUGGAUGUGCCGCACAUCCUCGCACGUCGAGCGUCGCUGCGUGAGGCGUUAGCCAACGCCCUGCCCUUCCCCGAGGCCGUCCCAGCCCUCCCAUGGCAGCCGCCACACGGACCAACACACAGGGGGCCGGCCGGAGCACUCAUGGAAAUCGGGCAGCAGACCAGAGACCUAAACUUUCCGCAUCUCAAACGACUCGCAAUCGAUGACGGUACACACACACACAUAUACAGAGGGGGAGAGAUAAGCAGAUGUGCGUGUGCGUGGCUAGAUGAGUCUGAGUGUGAGGAGGAGUACCGUCCCGGCGGCGGACUGGGUGUGUUUGAGGACGCGGCGAGCCCCAAGAGGGGCAGGAAGAGACACGUGCCCUUGUCCAUGAUUGAGGACCGCAUCGCCGAGUCGUCCCUGCGGCUGUUUGAGGACGGUAUAAAGAGACAGGCUGCCGAUGUCACACAAUACAGGUGGGCCGGAGAGAGACAAGGUCGUCUGCCUGCCUGCCUUGCUGUCUGUGUGCCUAUCUGUCUGUCUGUCUGUCUGUCUGUGUGUCUCACACGUGCAUGUGUGUGUCCACCCAGGCGCCAUUCCCUCUCGGAAGACGAAGCCAAGGCCGCCGCACGACUUGCGAGGGUAUGUAUGGAUGCCGAUCCACACUCACAAACAAGCCAGCAAAGCACGUUUCUGUGUCUGUCUGUCCAUCUGAUCUGCGUGCCGCGUCAUGUCUUUCUGUAUGCAUGCUGUGCGCAGCUGUUGGGUGAGGCCGGGCUGGACCCCUGCAACAGUUACAGCCUCUUCGCCUUCACCCUCCUGCCCUCCACCAGCGGCCACACCGCCACCACACACACCCACACAGCCCAGGACGACAUGGGCCUCUCCUACUCGUGUGGGGGAAUGAAGUCGACAUGGGGCGGGCGGACGGAGGGAGAGAGAGGCGGUGAGGGAAGACAGUCUGUGUUGUCAGCGACGUUCAGUGUGGCGGGACUCAGGGAGCAGAGGAAGAGUGUCACGGUUGCCGAAUGA